GUCUCUCUGUGUCUGCGCGACAGAGCUGCAACUUUUAUCCUCUGGUUUGCAUCCCCCUUGACGAGGGUUCGGUAGCCUUCGCGGACCGAACCUUUACAAAGAUGGAGUUUGCCAUGGUGGGUGCGGACGGCGGGUGCAACAGUCACCUGCCGUAUGGAUAUGCCCAAGCCCGCGCGCGGGAGAGGGAGCGCGAGAGGGAGCGCCAGGCUGCCCAGUCGAGAGCGGCGGCGGUGGCCGCGGCUGCAGCAGCCGACGGUGGCUCCUGUGCGGAGGGUGGCGCGGGGGGGCCCACCUCCGCCACCUCCUCGGGCGCUCAUCUCCUUAACAACCGCCAACAUCAGUCUCGCGCCGCCUCCUCCUCCGCUAACAUCAGCAGCAGCGGCGCCGCCUCGCGCCCCUCCUCCUCCUCCACCGCCUCGCAGCAGGAGCCCGAACAGCAACAGCAGCACAGAGUUCUCAGAGAGCGGAAAAAGCAGCGCGGCGUCGGUAGGUGGAGGCGCAACCGGAGCACUCUCGGAGGGGACUUGCGCCACUCGGAGCUGGCGCUGCUCGGAUCCGAGGAAGACAUCAUGAUAGAGGAGGAAGAGACCGAGGGAGCGGAGGAAGAGGAGGAGGAGGAGGUGGAAGGGGGAGAGGCGGCGGAGGGUGGCCGAGGGAGCAAGAGGUCGAGCUUUCUGUGCAACAUGGAUGAUGAGGAGGAGACCGUGUCUAUCACCGACAGGCGUCCCCAGUCCGGAUACGAGAACGUUUACAACGAGUGCGGCUGCUGUGAGAGGGUCGUCAUCAACGUGUCGGGGCUGAAGUUUGAAACUCAGCUGAAGACGCUCACUCAGUUCCCGGACACCCUCCUGGGAGACCCCGACAAGCGAAUCAGGUACUUUGACCCGCUGAGGAACGAAUACUUCUUCGACAGGAACCGGCCGAGUUUUGACGCCAUUCUUUACUAUUACCAGUCAGGAGGGCGGUUAAAAAGACCUGCCAACGUCCCGUUUGACAUAUUUUCCGAGGAGGUUAAGUUUUAUGAACUCGGCGAGGAGGCGAUACUGAAGUUUCGGGAGGAUGAGGGAUUUGUGAAGGAGGAGGAGAAACCUCUGCCGGAGGACGAGUUCAAGCGCCAGAUUUGGCUCCUUUUUGAGUAUCCAGAGAGUUCGAGUCCUGCCAGGGGCAUAGCGGUGGUGUCUGUCCUGGUCAUAGUCAUUUCUAUUGUAAUUUUCUGUCUGGAGACGCUGCCCGAGUUCAGGGAUGAAAAGGAGUAUCUGCAGCCACGCCAGAACUCCUCUCAGCCUGACCACGGAUUUACACCUUUCAACGACCCGUUUUUCAUCGUGGAGACGGUCUGCAUCAUCUGGUUCUCCUUUGAGAUUAUAGUUCGAUUUUUUGCGAGUCCAAGCAAGACAGCUUUCUUUAAAAACAUAAUGAACUCCAUAGAUAUCGUGUCCAUUUUGCCUUACUUCAUAACCCUCGGCACGGACCUGGCGCAGCACCAGGGCAACGGGCAGCAGGCGAUGAGCUUCGCCAUCCUGAGAAUAAUCCGCCUGGUCAGGGUGUUCCGCAUCUUCAAACUAUCCAGACACUCCAAGGGGCUGCAGAUCCUGGGGCAUACCUUGCGCGCCAGCAUGCGGGAGCUGGCCCUCCUAAUUUUUUUUCUGGUAAUAGGCGUCAUUCUGUUCUCCAGCGCGGUGUACUUCGCUGAGGCGGACGAGCCCACCUCGCAGUUCACCAGCAUCCCCGACGCUUUCUGGUGGGCCGUGGUUACCAUGACCACGGUGGGCUACGGCGACAUGAAGCCAAUCACUGUCGGUGGGAAGAUAGUGGGCUCCCUUUGCGCAAUCGCGGGCGUGUUGACCAUCGCGCUCCCGGUGCCCGUUAUAGUGUCCAACUUUAACUAUUUUUAUCACCGGGAGACAGACAACGAGGACCAGUCGCCCGUGGUGGAGAGCAUGCCGCCGGGCUGUCCGUACUUUCCGGACUUUCUUAGGAAGUUCAAAGGCUCGCCGUCUGGCUCCUCGCUGGGUGACAAAGGGGAGUACAUGGAGAUGGAGGAGGGGGUGACGGAGUCGCUCUGCGGGUUGGACAAAAGCCCCAGUAAAGGAAAUGGCACAGACAUAAGCAGAAAAAACAGUACUAACUCGAAAUCAAUUCAGACUGAUGUGUGACUAGAGUUUUAUUUUAUUAUUUUCUAAACAAGAUACACAUCCGAUUAAAGACUCUUUCUGGCCAGCAGCAGCUGAAUCAUACCCCCCAAUAGGCCUAUAUAUGUUUUACGCACGCCUCAGAGACCCCUCACACACACACACACACAUUCACACUCAUAUGCCACCAAUUGGCACCUUAAUACCAUCCAUGCCUAAAUUUGCCUGAUAGACACAGAUAUAUCCGUUUAUCCAGUGUGGGCUUCCAAAUCUGACAUGGAAUCUGAAUUAGACAACAGGCUAUGCAUUCGCACUUUAUGACUUUCAUCUGUCACAUCACAGGGGUAGGGACGGUCGUUUUUUGCUGUUAUGCAAUAAAGUUAAAAUUUGUUUGCACUAUAACAUAGAAUUUGCGCUGGGUUAGAGACAGUUACUGUAGGCCAUUCAGAUAGCAACAAUGUAGUCAUCCUCUGCUCACCUGGAUACAGAAUGUAUGAGUAGAGAAAAGGGGAAACUAUUUCACUUAGUCUGCCAGAAAACAAAAAUAUAAAACUGAGCUCUAUUUACAUAAAAAGCCUAAAAAAGAAUACAUUUAUCUUUGUUCAUUUAAAAUACUCAAACAAAAAUGACCUACACAUUGAUGAGAUAUGUCAUAAUGUAGGCAUUAAAUAAACCAGGGCUAUAUUGAAAUAAGCUUUUCCAUAAGAGGCCAAAAAUAAUAAUAAAAAAAGACCCACAAUGAGAGCUAAGCACAGGUGUCAUCAUUGUUUAAAAUGGCUGAAGAAGUCACCCAGCCCAGGUUUUUUCUGAACACUCUUAAAGCCUCGGCUUCAACAUUUUUUUUUCAUUAAAAGCACCUCAAAAUGACAAUAUCCCUUUACAAAGAUGAAUAUGGAAAGUUACAGCGUAAAUGACUCUGACGUGGGAGCUCUUUAAAAGGAGAGAUUAUGAGCAAUUUUCUCGCCUUUCUGCUGGACUCAGUGCACAAAUAUAUAUAUUUUUUUUUGCUCAAGAGGACUUUGAUUAUCUCCGAGCACAGAAGAUAAUCAGGAUGUGGAUGUCUUCCAAGUGCUGCCAGUUACAGAGAGAGGGAAUAUCCCCCCAGUCUCUGGAGAGUGCAGACAACAAGCAAAACAUUGUGACCAGUCAACUUCAAGCACUAGUGGACACUGAAAAAAGCAACAACCGGAUGGGACCUCGAACAAAUUCGGAGAAGCAGGGAUGAAAGCUGCUGUAAUCUGUCAGUAAAUAAACCCUCAAAGGGUUGAGACCGGACUUGGAAAAAGAGUAAGUCGUGGCCCCAAAUGAUUGCCUUAAUUACACAUAUAUAAAUGUAUGGAGUGAUGACACUAAGAGACUUAUAAAAUUUAAAGAUGUUUUCUUUUGAUGUGAAAAAGUGUCUUGUAAGGAACAGAUGUGAAUAUUUUAAUAUGAUAGAGAUGUUCGGUUGUAAUGUCGACAUUACGUUUUAGCUGGGUCGGCUUUGUAGGCAUCAUAGGUUCUUAAACAGUAUGUUGGUUGUCUGCUCUUAUGCGGACAGUGCAAAUUUAUUUUUCUUGUUUCAUAUUGUCAACAGAACAAGGCUGGCCUGAGUUGCUGGCAACAAAAAUCUUGCUUUGUAUUCAUAACACAAGAAAAUCCUCAUUUAGACGAUGUAUAAAGUUAUGGGAGAGAGCGCAGCACACUGAAAUACAUCGGAAGAGUAUCUUCUUUCAUCAAGAUCCACUUACACUAAAGCAAAGAUGUCAGUCACAUAAACACCUGUCAUAAAUAUCUGCCACAUUCACUUUCUAUCAGGGGGAAAUGGCAGACGAAACUUGGCGAGCUUUCACCUUCCGGUUUAUUGAUGAGAUAAAAUACUUUACUCUUUUUCCUUUUUUUUUUUUUCUAAGACUCAAAUUUAGAGCUGACCAGCUGCUUUGCUGAUAUGUUUCACUCUGAAUUUACUGUAUGCAAAAGUAACAUGAACAUGUGUUCUAUAUUUUUUUAAACCUAGCCUUGAUAAUUACAUAACCAAAGGUGAAACCCUGAAUUUAUUGUAUGUUGUGGACUUCUGAAAACGUUGUGAUAUAGAUGCACUCCAAAUAGGAGGGCGAUUUAAAAAAAAAAAGAAGUAAAUAUCAGACGUUUAUACAUGUGUGUCCGAAGAUGUGUUGCAGGUACAGUAAUUUGAGACUUUUUUUUUUGACUUUCUUUGACUGUUAUGACCAUCAACCACAAGAGUCUACGUUUAGUUUGUUGAAAACAUGAUAAAAUCACAUUCCUCAUGUUGUUACUAAUGCUGCUCAAACAUUCUUCAUUGCUGUUGAUUUUUUUCUUGCAUUAUAGAUUCUGUUUUAUUUUCUAGAGUAGAACAUGAGUUUGCAGAUCAUUGUGCAGCUUUAUCUGAAAACCGUUGGACUUAGUUACAUCUCUUAGACCUGCAAUGUUGCCUGUGAAUGAAAUGAGUAGAAAAGUCAGUUGCCCUACCAGUAGUACUAAGUAAUAGCUCAUAUUUAUUUUUUAUAAAGACAGUGUUUUAUUUCCUUAUAUUUUCCUUUUCCAUGCAGUGUUAGUUACCCUGGCACUUAAAAGCUUGAAUUUAGACUUCUUAAACUUAGUGUUUCCUAAAGAAAAUCCAAAGUUCACAUUCCUGAUCUUUCUGAGAAUUUGUAUUUGUACUUGCCUCUUAAAUUGUACCCCUCAGAAAAAAGAAAAAAAUGUUUACUGAAUGUUCCAAAUAUUUCCUUAGUGUCAAGAAGCUUGUAACCACAAAAUAGUUUUAAAAUAAAUGUUAGGUAGUUUACAAAGAAAAUCAUUAUGGAGAAGAUGUAUAUUGAAAAGACAGACAAUUAUUUUUUGCCAUUUUGUUAAUAAAAAGAUUUUUUUUAUUUUUAUUUUUUACCAAGACCCAUGGUUUAUUCAAUAAAGAGAAAAUUGAUUACUUCUCCAAAAUACAAAUUAUAUAGAAAAUAAAACAUGAAAACAGCAAGAGAUUGUACUAUACAAUAUUGAAAAUUUUCUUCCACUGAAAAAUAAAAAAUUUAACAUUGGUCCAAUUAUAGUUUGCAAAAGAUGAGCAACAUGUACAAAACUAAGAAACAUUUUUAAUUAGAAAUAUCCUACAUGAAACAUUAGGGUUAUGGUGUUGGCACUGUUUGCUUCUGCCAUUGUUUAUGUCUGGAUUUAGUGCAUCUGAUAAUAUAUUCACAUGUCAAAAUAUCAUUAGUGAUUGAUACAUCAUCAAAGCAGAGUACUACUCUUAAUCUAUUAUGGUCACUGCAGAUUAAACUGUAUUUUGGCAAAAAAAAAAAAAAGACUCAAAGUUGUGAAUUAUGAGACAAAACGAACAGUUUAAUCUGAAUCACCAACAAAAGAACCAAAAUGAUGUCAUCAUCAUUUCAAAAUUUGAACUUUUUAAAAAUUGAAAUUUUAAGAUAAAUAUGUUCCUCAGUUUGUGUAAAACCUGUGGAAAGUUAUGAUGCAAAAUCAACUUAUUUCCUUCAUUAAAAGGGAAACGAUCUGCCUUGUAAACAAGGCACUAGACUGACAUUAUUUUAUAUAAACAACAUAGGAAAUGUUUGAAAUUGAGAUAAGAACAAUUUCCAGUUUUGGACAGAAAAUGUAAUUUGUUCAGUCUAACUAUAAAUAUGCUCAUGUAUAAAAUAUUUUUUAUUAGUGUUUGGAAAUUUGAAAACAUUUACCAACUGAUGAUUUGAUUCAUUUGAAAUGUUUUAUUCCUCCUCAAGUAAAACUUUAUUCAAAAUGUUGACAAUAAUUUUUACCAGAAAUGUAAUAUUUGAAAAAAAUCACUUAAGUUUUACAUUCACCUUAUGUUCCCAAUGGGAUUUCUCUGAACUUCAGUUCCAAAUAGCAAAUGAGAAGCUGAUUUUGAGGGGACGUUUGCCAGUAUUGUGUUCCCCAUUCAGAAGUGUGGCGCACAAACCGCAGCUUCAGUCUGGUGGAUAGCACCUACUUUUAUAUGGCUGACAAAUAUUGCACAUAGUAUUAUAAAAAAAAAAGGGCACCUAAUCUUUGACUUGUAGAACAAAAUCACAAUCAGAGUAGCCUUAACUGGUAGUCGUUAGAGGUGUGAUACAACCAAGCUGUUUCCUAAAAGCUAAUAUUUUAGUCAAAGCACCUCAUUGAAAGAUCAACCACAUCCUGUCUACAGGACAUAUUAUAAAAAGAAUAAUCCGAUUCAUGUAUUUCUCAUUUUUUGAACGGCAACAUAACCAGGGUGUAAAAAUAUGUUCAGAAUUGAUAUUGUUCAACGGAUCAUCUCACAUUAUGCACCUCCAGCAUGAGCUGUUUGACACCAGUAUUGGCUCCUUAAAUCCCAUCAGCUCCGGUCGAGGAACAUAACCUGAGGAUUGAAAUCUGAACAUUUGCUCCGCCGGUGCUUAGAGACCUUAGAUGGUGAUAUCACACCAACACUAAACUGUGCCUGGGAGGUACCUACUUAGCACAUCUUAAGGUACAAAUGAUUCAGCUACAGCUUGAUAUCACCACAAGGGAGGUUAAGCCUAAGAGUAACAUGCCCACAGGUUAGGAGAUUCAACAAGAACAUGACCAGCCUGGGAAUUGAUCCUCCCGUCAAGCGGAACAAACAAUCUGGAUAGCCUCUAACCGAUUUCCUUUAUCUGUGAAUUAAAAUAAUUUGUCAGGCUGUGGGGCUGCAGUGGCGCUGAUGCAUGGCUCACUUACACCUGCUUUAAUAAGCGGUAGAGGUGUAACAAAGAGAGGAUUCAUGUUAAGUCAUGCAAAGGAGACAGAGCAUCCCAAGGGCUGGUAGUGUCUUUGGGCUGCAGGGAGCAAAAAUCAUAUAUGCUAAAUGAAAAGGAGACCUUUAACUAGAACAUCUCAUGAGUCAAAGAUGAAUAUAAUUUUGUAUGCCAGUACCUCUAAAUCAUCAGCAUAAUUAAUGAUAAUUGGUGUGACUGAGCAAAUAAUCCAAUAAAGUGUGAAGGCUGAGAUGUAAACAUCUUAAAUCAGAACGACUAUCAGACAUUAACUAAUAGAUUUAAAUUAAUAAGUUAACAAAUGCAAAAAACUCCUUGUUGAGGAUUUGUUUAACAAUCAGAAAUGUGUUUUUUUGUUGUUGUUGAAUAAAGUUUUUAUAUUUUCCUUGAGAAACUUUAUAGGAUCCCAGAGUGUUAUUUAAAUAUUUAAUUGUGACAGUUAAACUGUCAACAAAUCAAAUAAAAAUGAUCCCAAAUGAUCCAAAGGAAGUCAUGAAAAUUGUAUGUUUUUGCCAGAAAUUUAAAUAUGUGCUAUAUAAUGUGAUAAGGUUUUAUUUUGUCUUAAAUAAACUAACAAAAUGGAAUAUGUUUUCUUUCUGCGCAGCCAGCUCUGUAACCUGCUCUAAAACGCCUCAUUAUUGAUAUUCUCUACAGCAAAUAGACUGCAUGAACUGAAAGUAAUGCAGUAAGUAGUCUGAGUAUAAAAGCUAAUGUAAGCCUUAGAGAAAUGUUGUCUCUACAUCAGAAUAAAAUCACACCUGCCUGGAAAGUCUUCUGAAAUGCAAAAUGGUGACACAAGUUGAAUUUGUAAUGAAGUACAAUACAGUUUGAUUGGAAAACUUUCAGAUUGCUUUUAACAAUUUAUCUCCUGCAGAGCAGAGUCACUGCUGCAAACACUGUCCAGAGGCUGGAUGCACGCUUUUAAUCUACCUGAAUUCAUGUAAAAAUGCUGUUUAUUAGUUUAUUAAAAAUACAUGCUAAUGAAGGACCUUACUGGUAAAGCAUCAGUCAAGUAAAACUUUCUGGGACAUGUUUUUAAGCUCAAUGGAGAAAACAGUUGACUUUUUCCACAGAGUGCAACAUUUUUAUGAAUGAGGAGGACAAAUUUGAAAUGGUGAACUGAUGUGUGCUUUGAAAACAAAAGCAGCUAUAAAAACAGAAGCAUAUCUUAUCACAGCACCUGUCCUCAGCCCUUUGAGUCUGCUUAGCUUUGGUGAGCGUACUGAAGCUAAUGUGAAAUAAAUUAAUUACACUGGCCUCCCUAUGUCAAGCUUUGAGAUUUCACUCUUACAAGAAAUGGUGAAUCAAGUGGGUUUCUCCCUGUGGACACGAAUAAAGCGACACAAACCGCAAGUAGGGUUAUUAAGCCAUUAGUCUAAGAAAAGUGAGAAAUAUCAACUGCUUACUGACUGAGAAAAUAGUGUUUUUCUUUUGGCUGUAAACUGAGUUUCUCUAAUUGUGGAUCAAAUAAAAAGCAGCUGGAGUACACUAACUUCAGCAGUUGGGGUGAUCAAAUUUACAAAUCAUUUCAAAAUUUGAAAUAUCUUGAGAGACAGCACAAGAGUCGUACCUUGAAAUACCAAUAAACUAAAAACAGUUUGCAAUUAUAGUGCAGUUUGUUCAAAUGCCUUUUAAAAGUAUUCUUAAUUCUUGAACUUUUUCAGUAUGUUACAUUACAAUCAAACAUGUUUUUUAUUUUUUUAACAGUAUAUCUGGAAAGUAUUCACACUGCUUCACUUUUUCCAUAUUUUAUUAUGUUGCAGCCUUACUCAAUAUUAUAUUACAAUAAUCUCUUUUCUUAAAAUUAUAUAAACAAAUAUGCCACUAUGAUAAUGUGGAAAAGAAGUUCUGAGAUUUUUGCAAGUUUUGCAAAAAUAGAAAACCAAGAAAUCACAUUUAUGUAAGAAUUCAGUGCCUUAUGAUAUUUUUACAGUCUAAAUGAAGUCCACCCGUGGUAAAUUUAUUUGAUUGUACUUGAUUUGGAAAGGUACACACCUGUCUAUAUAAGGUCCCAUAGUUGACAGUGCAGUCAGAGGUCAAACAUGAAAUAUUAAAUCAAAAGAAUUGUCUGUAGACUAAGCUUGUCUUGAGGCACAACUUGAGGCACUGAAAGAUUGUGAAAAGGGCCUUAGUUGUAGAGGUGACCGCUGGAGUUCUCUGAAAAUGACUGACUCCUUUCUUCCAACCUGAUGGCGCUUUAGAAGAGCUGAAAAGAAGAAAGAGCCAAAUUGACUAAAGACUGUUGUGCUGAGUUGUGCCAUUGUUGCUCAAAAUGACAGAAGGACUGAAUACUUAUGUAAAUAUAUAUGUUUUUCUAUUUCUAACAUUUGCAAACACCUCCAAAGCUUUUUUCCACUUGAGUGUAGAAUUUUGGGGAAGGAGAUUAAUUUAUUACAAUUUGGAAGAAAGCUGAAGCAAAACGUGGAAAAAGUGCUGCUGUGAAUACUUUCUGGGUACUCUGUAACAGAUAUUCAGUGGAAUUAAAUGAAAAAUGUCUGUGCAAAUCAAUUUUCAAGUCUUUUCCUAAAUUAUGUAGGUCUAGAGUUUGACUGGGAAAUUGUAACACAUGGAUAUACUUGGAUCUUGUCCAUUUUAGCUUUGGCUAAAUAUCUAGGGUCAUCUUGUUAGCAAGUGAACCUCCAUCCAAGUCUUCUGUAGCCUUUAACUGUUUUUUUUCUGGGACUGGCCUGUAUUUGUGUCUCACAUCAACUCUUACCAGCUUCCCUGUUCCUGCUAUAGAAAAGCUUCCCAAUAACAUGAUGGUGUCAGGACCAUUACUAUUACUAUUACCAUUAUUUUUCAGCAAUGGUGAAAAAUUGUCAACUUAUAAGUUGUGUCAAUAGGAAGUUAAUUUUUAACAAAUCUGGCAUGCAUUUGGAACCAAUUAACUUCCAUCAACUGAGAUCUUUUCAGAUUUUAUUAGUAAAAGAAAAAAUAAAUAAA